CAAAGAUUACAAUCCUACCAUUACAUCAUUAUAAAAUGGACCCGGCGUUUCACGUGGCCGCUCUAGCGUUCCCGUUCGGCACCCACGCCGCUCCCCUCCUAUCGCUUGUCCGGCGACUGGCCGAGGCUGCGCCAAACGUGACCUUCUCCUUCCUCAGCACCGCCACUUCAAACGCGACCAUAUUCUCGGGAUCAAAAUCGGAACCCAAUAACAGAAUCAAGCCGUUUGAUGUCUCUGAUGGAGUACCGAAAGAUUACGUUUUUUCCGGGUUCAGACAGGAGGGCAUAAACCUGUUCCUUUCCGCGGCCUCCACAAGCUUCUCGGAAGCGAUUACGGCUGCGGAAAAAGAAACAGGGAUUAAAGUAAGUUGCUUGAUAACCGAUGCUUUUUUGUGGUUUUCUGCCGAUUUAGCGGCGGAAAUUGGCGUUCCAUGGGUUCCUUAUUGGACGGCGGCGGCGUGUGCUCUCUCGACACAUUUUCGUACGGAUUUGAUUAGGGAAAGGAUUGGUAAAGAAGUGGGUAAUGUUGAAGAACCGUUGAAAUUCAUCCCUGGAAUGUCGAAAGUGAAGAUUGAUGAUUUACAAGAAGGGAUUUUAUCAGGUGACUUGACCUCUCCGUUUGCAGAAUUACUUCGGAAAAUGGGUUUGAAGCUCCCUAAAGCAGCCGCAGUCGUUGUGAAUUCCUUCGAAGAGUUGGAACCCGAUGUCACGCUUGAUCUCAAAUCCAACCUAAAAAAAUUCCUCUGCGUCGGGCCGGCCAACCUCAUCCAACCCAUCGCCAAUUUAUCCGACGAGAGUGGAUGUCUUCAAUGGUUGGACGGUUUUGGGCCGGAGUCAGUCUCCUAUGUAGCGUUUGGUUCCGUAGCUAUGCUCUCGCCGGAGGAAAUACUCGCAUUGGCAGAGGCGUUGGAGGAAACCCAAUUCCCGUUCCUCUGGUCAAUCAAGGACGAAGCGAAAAGGUUGUUACCAAACGGGUUUCUUGAAAGGACAAAAGGGAAAGGAAAGUUAGUUGCUUGGGCGCCGCAAGUGCAAGUUCUCAAUCACGCGUCGGUAGGAGCGUUCUUGACUCAUUGUGGGUGGAACUCGAUAAGUGAGGGGAUUGUUGGUGGGGUGCCCUUAAUUUGUAGGCCAUUCUUUGGGGACCAGAAUUUGAACAGCAGGAUGGUAGAGAGUGUGUGGGAGAUCGGAUUGAAGAUUCCGACCGGAAAGAUUACAAAGGGUGGUGCGGUCGCCGCGUUGAAGAGGGUUUUGUCGUCGGAAGAUGGCGUUCAAAUGCGAGAGAACGCUCGACGCCUGAGGGAAGAGGCUAUUAAGGCUGUUGAGCCAGAUGGGAGUUCAAUUGCAAAUUUCAAAAGUUUGGUGGAGAUUAUCACUAAUAAUGAUAAUUAGAGGACAUGUUUGAUUAAAUCAUUAUUUCCAUAAAUGUUGAGUGUGUGGGAUCUAAAGUAUAAUGCUAGUUUGUAUUGGCUGCAAAUUACUUGAGAUGUUUUCUAUAUGUAAUUUUGUUGAAAGAAUGUUUUCUAUAUGUUUAGUGAACUAUCAUUAACUCCU